AUGGCAGAUGAUGCAGAGGCCGAGGCCGAAAGAAUUAUGAUGGAGCAGCUGCUCGAAAUUGAACGGCAGAAUAGAUUGGUAGAAGAGGCCAACGCAAGAGCCAAGUCCCAAGACACUGGUCUGGAUGCUGAAGCCGAAGCAGAAAGGGAAAUGGAAAUGAUGAAUCAAUUGUUGAAAGCCGCCGAGGAAGCCGAAGAGGCGAGAAUAGCGGCUGAGAAGAAAAUGCAAGCCGAGAGAGAGGCAGCACGCUUGGAAGAACAACAAGCAGCGGAGGAACAGGCUCGAAAAGAAGCGGAGCGGAUGAGGAAAGAGGCAGAAGCUGCUGCUCUUGAGAUGGAACGUCUCCAACGUGAAGAGGAAAAACGAGUGCGAAAAGAGCAAGAGGCAGAAGCCGAAAGACUCAGACUGGAGGCUGAAGCAAAGGCUGAACAAGAAAGGCUGGAAGAAGAGGAAAGACUAAAAGCUGAGGCCGAAAGGCUUAGACUAGAGGAAGAGGAACGACAAAAGGCUGAGGCCAAGAGGCUUAGACUCGAAGAAGAAGAAAGGCAAAAAGCAGAAGCUGAGGCCGAAAGGGUCAGACUCGAAGAAGAAGAAGAAGCAAGACUACAAGCAGAGGCCGAGCGGCUGAGAAUCGAGGAAGAGGAGAGACUAAAAGAAGAAGCGGAGGCCGAAAGACUUAGACUUGAAGAGGAGGAACGACAAAAGGCAGAAGCUGAGGCUGAAAGGGUCAGACUCGAAGAAGAAGAAGAAGCAAGACUACAAGCAGAGGCGGAGGCUGAGCGGCUGAGAAUCGAGGAAGAGGAGAGACUAAAAGAUGAAGCCGAGGCUGAAAGACGUAGACUUGAAGAGGAAGAACAACAAAAAGCUGAAGCAGAGGCCGAAAGGGUCAGACUCGAAGAAGAAGAGGAAGCGAGACUACAAGCAGAGGCGGAGGCUGAGCGGCUGAGAAUCGAGGAAGAAGAGAGACUAAAAGAUGAAGCGGAGGCCGAAAGACUUAGACUUGAAGAGGAAGAACGACAAAAAGCUGAGGCCGAGAGGCUUAGACUCGAAGAAGAAGAAGAAGCAAGACUACAAGCAGAGGCGGAGGCCGAGCGACUGAGAAUCGAAGAAGAGGAGAGACUAAAAGAUGAAGCGGAGGCUGAAAGACUUAGAAUUGAAGAGGAAGAACGACAAAAAGCUGAAGCAGAGGCCGAAAGGGUCAGACUCGAAGAAGAAGAAGCGAGACUACAAGCGGAGGCGGAGGCCGAGCGGCUAAGAAUCGAGGAAGAGGAGAGACUAAAAGAUGAAGCGGAGGCCGAAAGACUUAGACUUGAAGAGGCAGAACGACAAAAAGCUGAAGCUGAGCGGCUGAGAAUUGAAGAAGAAGAACAGCAAAAAUCAGAAGCGGAAGCAGAGAGACUCAGAAUUGAGGAAGAAGAGAGACAAAAAGCUGAAGCCGAGUGGCGUAGGCGCGAAGAAGAAGAGAAACAAAAAGCUGAGGCAGAACGCUUGAGAAUUGAAGAAGAAGAAAGGGCAAAAGCCGAAGCAGAGAGGCUUAGACUUGAAGAAGAAGAGAGACAAAAAGCCGAGGGGGAGGCUGAGCGCCUGAGAAUCGAAGAAGAAGAAGAAAGACAAAAAGCUGAAGCGGAGCGGCUUAGACUGGAAGAAGAAGAGAGACAAAAAGCUGAGGUUGAGAGGCUACGACUCGAAGAAGAAGAAAGGCAAAAGGCUGAAGCAGAGAGGCUGAGACUCGAGGAAGAGGAAAGGCAAAAAGCUGAGCAAGAAAGAUUGCGACAUGAGGAGGAGGAUCGUCAAAAAGCUGAAGAAGAGGAGAAAGCUCGGCUAUUGGCAGAGCAAGAGAGGCUUGAGCAGGAAGCUGCUGCAAAGGAGUUGAAAGAAUUAGAAGCACAGCUAGCAGCAGAGAAUACACAGGACCCAGCUGGAGGUGAUUCGCAGGCAUUGGAUGAUCUCUUGGGAGAUGAUCUCAUACAAGAAAUGCAAAGCGAGAUUGACAAACUGGGUCUAGGCGGUGGAGACAAAGCAGUAGGCGUCAGUGUUACAGAUGACGAUGAUGACGACGUUGGCGCCAAGCUGGCCGCGGAGAUGCAAAGGGAAAUGGAUAAGCUUGGAGACAUCGCUGCUGGUAUUGAUACGGCGGACGAUGUAGAUGCAAUAGGUGCCGGGUUGGCAGAGGAAAUGCAGCAAGAGAUGGAAAAACUCGGACUUGGUGGAGACAUUGCGGCGGCAGAUGUUGAUGCCGCCGGAGAGGAGGAAGAAGAGAUGGAAAUAGACUUCACCGCUGAUCUCAAUAUGGAUGCUGAUGAAUCCAAAACCGAUCACACUGAUUCCCGCACCCGCCCGUCGAUCCGAAAUGUGGUGGGAAAGGUGAGUCAAAUAUCUGGUACAAUCGAGCAGAAAGUAAGGGUCAAAGCCUUCAUCCCUCCGGACGGAGUCGCAGCCCUGCACGCUAAACAAGUAAGCCCAUCCGUUCGUUCGAAGGAGGUUCGAGUUGUCCCCUCCUUCCAUCCAAAGAGUAAGGCUGCAAGGAGCUCUGAUAUGAAGAAUCCACAACACCGGCAAACGGGUCCACCGGGAAAACUAAAGGUCGAACAGACCACUCCAGUCGUUGUUCCCCGGGUCGCCAACUUACCAAAACAAUCCGCGCCGCGAAUCAAGGCUCGACAAUUGCAUGCCACGCAAACCAAAUCAAAGUCGAAAUCGCCAGCGAGACCACCGAGACUAGCCCAGCUUGCUGGCGACUGGGCAGCAUCAAAAACGUCGACGGAACCUUCUGCUCUUCCUCGUGUUGCAAAGCUCUCCCCGACAAAACUCGCCGCUUCUCCCGACAAGCCGGAAAAGGCAGUAUCAUCGCCCAAAUCACCGCUCCAACCAGGCGCCCUGCCUCGUGUUGCAAGGCUCUCCCCGGCUCGACCUACGGCUCGCUCUCCCGAGAAGGAAGCAUCACCGCGAACAAGAUCUCGAUCUCCCCCUCGUACUGGUCUUCCCCGAGUUGCCACACUUUCCCCAUCCCGUCCUGCCUACGUGCCCCCAGUGGAGCCGAUUUCCGUUCCACCACGAUUGCCAACAAUCUCUGCUGCGAAUCUGCCACGUGUGGCAACGCUCACUCCUACAAAUUGGGCUAAUACCAAAGCAACGGACGGAUCUCUUCCUCCAAGAAUUACCGCUCCACCGAUCAUUCAGCCCCGGUCAGCGCCUCCGAAAUUUUCGCACACGUUCCCACGAGUUUUGUCCCCCCGCGACGGCCCUCGCUGUCCAACACCGUACAACCCAGAUCUGCAUGGCAGCAAGGGUCCCUGCGAACGAUGCAUUGAGUUGUCUUCGGACGAGGAGAAGGAGAAGUUUCAGAUUACAGGUCAUCACUUGCGCAUCAUGGUAGUCCAAGGUGGCUGCGACAAGAGCUGUUUGAUAUAUCCUCGUGACGAAGAGCAGAUUGCGGUACGGCUGUGCAAGAAGUGCUACUUUGACACUCAUCGGACCCUCUACGAUAGUACAACCGAGGCCCUGUUCCUCCCGUAG